GCACAACGAAAAUGUCAAAAAGAAACGGACAACAUACGAAUGGAAAACAUUCGCUGACACACUCAAAUAGCAAUGAGGAGGAAUCAAAGGCAACUCCUCUGAGCACAGUCGAAAGACCUCGGAAGGACGUGUCAACCAUCGCCAGGAGACGCCUCAGCGACCUCGAUGUCUACCCCGGAUCCAAAAUAUACCCAGAGAUCCUUAAAGAACAUUUCUUACUAGAAGGACGACUGAAAGAGGACACCGCUUUACGUAUCAUCCGGGAGGCUUCUGCAAUAUUGAAAAAAGAAAACACCGUUUUGGAUUUGCAGGCACCAUUAACUAUAUGUGGAGAUAUACAUGGCCAGUUUUACGACUUAGUACACCUGUUUGACGUAGGUGGUCCCUUGCCUGACAUCAAGUACUUAUUUCUAGGCGAUUACGUGGACCGUGGGAUGUUCAGUGUUGAGGUGGUGUUGUACCUGUUCUCCCUCAAGAUCCUCCACCCCAAACAGCUGCACCUGCUGAGGGGCAACCACGAGUGCAGACACUUGACUGCCUUCUUCACCUUCAAAGAGGAGUGCACUGUCAAGUACUCACUCGCUCUCUACUGCGAGAUCAUGAGGGCAUUCGACUGUCUGCCCCUCGCAUGCAUCAUGAGUCAGAAGUUUCUCUGUGUCCAUGGAGGCCUCUCACCUACCAUCCACUCCGUAGAAGAGAUCCGAAAGAUAGACAGGUUCCGUGAACCUCCUAAGAAUGGACCCAUGUGUGAUCUACUCUGGGCAGAUCCCAGGACUGAUUUUGGGGAGGAGGAUGAUGAUGAGUUCUUCUGCCACAAUACAGCCAGAGGGUGCAGCUACUACUAUUCAUAUGCAGCUGCCUGUAGCUUCAUAGAGGCCAACGGACUGUUGGCCAUCAUCAGAGCUCAUGAGGCGCAGGAUCUCGGCUACAAAAUGUACAAGAAGGUACCCUCGACUAACUUCCCGGCCGUGUUCACCCUCUUCUCGGCGCCCAACUACCUAGACAUGUACAACAACAAGGGGGCCAUCCUGAAGUACGACAACAGCACUGUCAACGUCAAGACCUACAAGGCCACGCCCCACCCCUACUGGCUGCCCAACUUCAUGGACGCCUUCACUUGGUCACUCCCUUUUGUGGGCGAGAAAAUCACAGACAUGCUUUACAUGGUGACUUCGAUCUGCAGCCAGCAGGAGUUGGAUGAGUCAGACGAGGAAGAGGAUGGGGAGGGGGAGGGGG